AGGCCCUAACGAACUCCGAGCCCACCGUUACUUGUCCUUUACUCUGGGUUUAGGAAACGUCGGGUGCGUUGCUGAUCGCCCUGCCCUGAACACGCCCCGAAGCGACCUACCGCGAGAGGAUUUGCUGGGCGUUGGAACGUCGGGCUGUUUGGCGUCCGGGCAGCGUUCUUGCACGCGCGACCUUUGCGAAAGCAUGAGUGUGGAUUGGAUUGGCUACGGUUAUGCUGCAUUGGUCGCCUCCGGCGGAAUAGCUGGCUAUGUAAAAGCAGGUAGUGUCCCUUCCUUAGCUGCUGGUCUCCUCUGUGGUGGGUUAGCAGGAUUGGGUGCUUAUCAGCUGUCAAAGGAUCCAAAGGCUAUUUGGCUUUCUCUGGCUGCAUCUGGAACCUUGACUGUCCUGAUGGGAAUGAGAUUCUAUAACUCUAGAAAAUUUAUGCCUGCAGGGUUAAUUGCUGGUGCCAGUCUAUUAAUGGUAGGCAAACUUGGACUACAGAUGGAAAAACCUCUUUAGCCAUAAUUGUGCGACAAACAAAAAUCAGAUGAGAAGCCUACAGAGACUGCCCUCACAAUGCCUAUUUGGAACAAAACUGAAGACAAAAUUAUACUUUUUAAAAUUACACCAUUUGCAAAGUUUUUAAACUACAAAAUUUGUUCAGGAUUUGUAAAGAUUCAAUCGUUACAGAAUUACAGCUUUCAUAUAUCAGUUUUUAUGUAUGCAUUUCUUAUCAUAACUCCAAACAUUUUAUGAUGAUGAACAGGGGAAACUUAUGGUAAACAGCGCUGCUGAUGCCUUGCAGGAAAUAUGCUUGUUUAAGUUUGUGUCAUCAAAUAUCCAAACUGAAAUUCAUCUCUGCAUAAAUCUGUACGUAAGGAGUUCCAUUCAAAGCAAAAAGUGUUAAAGUUCUCUUUAAAAUCAGCUAAAAAUUAUUAAAUGUCUAAAAGCCUUUUGA